UUAAAAAAAUCUCAUUAUCGUCCUCCUCCGUGAGCAAAAAAAACAAGAAGAGAUCUUUUGGAAAUUAACCGAUCGAGAAACCAAAAAUUAACCGGUCGACGUCGUCACAACCGAUGAAUGGGACUCACCGUCACCAUCUUCUUCAACUAGUCUUAUCAUGCCGUAAAAUCACAGCGCAAGUGACUCAACCAGGAUCUUCAACGAUCGUAGCCAUGGCUUCAUCCUCCGAACAAGAGUUCCUAGCCAGAAGCCGUGCUAAUCUCUACCGUUUCCCUCAUUCCAACAAUUUCUGGGACUCAAAGACCGCUUCACGCGUCGGCGAGAAGCUUGGCCUUCGUUUAAGAGAGCUUGGUGUCGACGCUGUCUCCAUUAAUGCAGACGAAGAGAUCUCUCGACCUAUUCAUCAUCGUAAGAGGGUUCUUCCGUUAUUUGAUUCCGUUCGUCGUACCGGUAUCAGAGUCGACGGAACUGAGCAAUUGAAUGAUAUUGGUGUCCCGGUUAUUGUUAUUCCCAGAAAUUAGGGUUACCAAUUUGGGGAUUUUUGUUUUUGUUAGUACAGUUUCUUGUAUUAGUGAGAGAUUUUACAGAAACUAAUUUGAUUCAUUCUCUAUUCAUCUCAAACUCAAAGAUAACAACCUUUUGUCUCCCUUCAAUACGUUUAGAAAUUGGAUUCU